AGACACGUAACGGUACAGGACGGCCUGAGUCUGACUGGAGACCCUGACAGUGAAGACCGGCUGAGAGGAGACUAGCAAAACCAGCCGGACUGGAGCACAUUCUGAGGGGACAUUACAGACUCCCUGAGUAUUAAAGGACACCUUCACUGGGCAGGGAGGUUUUGCAGUGCUGCUGUUCAACUCGCCAUCAGCAUUUUCUCUCUCCUUAGGUCUGAAACUAUUGAUUCCUGCACAGAGUUAAAACAGAAGACCAAAUAUAGAAAUGGUGUUCAGAGGCACAGUAACAGAUGCUCCAGACUUUGAUCCAGCUGCCGAUGCUGAGGCUCUUUACAAUGCUAUGAAAGGCAUCGGCAGUGAUAAAGAGGCCAUAUUGGAUCUGGUCACCUCAAGAAGCAAUGCACAAAGACAGGGAGUCAUUACAGCGUAUAAAUCCAGCUUUGGAAAGGACCUGAUUGAGGAUCUGAAGUAUGAGCUGACUGGCAAGUUUGAGCGUCUCAUCGUCAGUCUGAUGAGAACACCAGCCUACCAUGAUGCCAAAGAGAUCCAUGAUGCAAUCAAAGGAGCUGGAACCAAUGAGAGAUGCCUUAUUGAAGUAUUGGCAUCCAGAACCAACAAACAGGUUCAUGAGAUGGUUGCAGCUUACAAGGAUGCCUAUGGAAGCGAUAUCGAGGAAGAUGUAAUCACUGACACUUCAGGUCAUUUUAAGAAAAUGCUGGUUGUUUUACUGCAGGGGACCAGAGAUGAGUCAGGGGUCGUGGAUGCAGACUUGGUGGAGCAGGAUGCACAAGACCUUUAUGCAGCUGGAGAGGAGCAAUGGGGCACAGAUGAGGCCAAAUUCAUCAUGAUCCUGGGAAGCCGCAGCAUUACCCACCUACGCAUGGUUUUUGAUGCAUAUGAGAAGAUCGCAGAAUGCUCCAUAGAGGACAGCAUAAAGAGCGAGCUGUCUGGAGACUUUGAGCGGCUCAUGCUGGCUGUUGUUCAGUGUAUAAGAAGUGUUCCGAUGUUCUUUGCCAAACGCCUUUACUGGUCAAUGAAGGGUCUGGGUACAGCUGACAACACUCUGAUCAGGAUCAUGAUUUCUCGCUCUGAAAUAGACAUGUUGGACAUCAGAGAGUGCUUCCGUUUAAGAUAUGAGAAGUCUCUUUAUAACAUGAUUAAGGAUGACACAUCAGGGGAUUACAAAAGGACCCUGCUGAAUCUGUGUGGAGGGGAUGACGACUUAGCUGGAGAGUUCUUCCCUGAAGCUGCUCAGAUAGCCUACAAGAUGUGGGAAUUAAGUGCCAUGACCAAAGUCCAGCUUAAACCAACAGUCCGUCCUGCAUCCAGCUUUGACCCUGCUGCUGAUGCACAAGCACUGAGGAAAGCUAUGAAGGGAUUUGGAACCGAUGAAGAUGCAAUCAUUGACAUUGUUGCACAGAGAAGCAAUGCUCAGAGGCAAGAGAUCAGACAGACCUUCAAAUCUCUUCUGGGAAGGGAUCUUAUGAAAGACCUCAAAUCUGAGCUGUCAAAGAACUUGGAGAGGCUGAUCAUUGGGCUUAUGUUGACGCCUGCAGAGUUUGAUGCCAAAAUGAUGAGGAAAGCAAUGGAGGGUGCUGGGACAGAUGAACAUGCCCUCAUUGAGAUACUUGUCACCAGGAGUAAUGAGGAAAUACAUGCCAUGAACGCAGCAUAUCAGGGAGCCUACAAGAAGUCUAUGGAGGAAGCCAUUCAGUCUGACACAUCAGGCCACUUCUGCCGCAUUCUUAUUUCUCUCGUACAGGGUGCAAGAGAGGAAGGGCCAGCAGAUGUAGAAAGAGCCAGCACAGAUGCUCAGGAUCUUGCAGAUGCAUGCAUUGCAGAGUCAGAUGACAUGGAGAUGAAGUUUAUGAGUAUCCUGUGUACCAGAAGCUUCCCCCAUCUAAGGAGAGUAUUCCAGGAGUUUGUCAAAUGCACCAACAAGGAUAUUGAACAGAUUAUCAAGAAGGAGAUGUCAGGAGAUGUCAAAAAUGCCUUUUAUGCAAUUGUUCGCAGUGUAAAGAACCAGCCCUCUUAUUUUGCAGACCGGUUGUACAAAGCCAUGAAGGGCCUUGGGACGGAUGACAGAGCACUGAUCCGCAUCAUGGUGUCCCGCAGCGAGAUUGACCUUUUCAACAUUCGGAAAGAGUUCAAGGAAACACACGAUGCCUCUCUCCAUGAAUUCAUCCAGGUAGAGACCAUGCUCGGCGAUACCUCAGGAGACUACCGUAAAACCUUGCUUUUGCUCUGUGGAGGUGAAGACUAAACUUUCUCACGUCUCUGCAGCUCCUGCUGAGACGUGAGACCUCAGUUAAAAAAAAACACGAGACAAGCCUGAUCACAGAGUGAAACUGUGGUGGUUGACAUCAAUAUCUAAUAUCAGUGUCUUUUAACUGCUGCUACUCACACCUCAGCCAAACCUUUGACCUCCCAACUGUCCCAAGCUAGUUUUGCGUUUAUGUUUUAUUAUCCAGUCUGUCAGGAUGAUUUUUCCUUCUUUUUUACAGAGUAAAAUAUUUAAAAAGAAGAUGGCCAUGUGAGUGUGGGAAGGUGCUUCAACUGUACUGCAUAUUGUAAAAUUGGAGAGUCAAAUAGUGCCUUUAAAUUCAGGCCGUCCAAAGAGUUCUGUGAUUUUAAGGUGUCAUAAAUACUUGAAUAAAAGGAUGAAAAAUA